CAUCCAGGAGGUGCUGUCCACCCUGCCCAGUUCUGAUGACUUCUUCCUCCUCCGCUGGCUCCGAGCUCGGAGAUUCAACCUGCAGAAAGCGGAGGACAUGCUGCGAAAGCACAUGGAGUUCCGGAAGCAGCAGGACCUGGACAACAUCCUUGCCUGGAAGCUCCCGGAAGUGCUAGUACUGUAUGGCGCAAGUGGUAUCUGUGGCCAGGACUAUGAGGGCAGCCCCGUCUGGUACCACAUCGUCAGGAACCUGGACCUCAAGGGGCUCUUCUUCUCCGCCUCCAAGCAGGAUCUACUCAGGUCUAAGUACCAGAGCUGUGAGCGGCUCAUGCACCAGUGUGAGGAGCAGACUCAGAAGCUAGGGAAGAAGGUGGAGAAAGUCACUGCCAUCUUUGAUUUAGAGGGGCUGGGCCUGCAGCAUCUGUGGAAGCCAGGAGUGGAGUUAGCCCAGGAGUUCCUCUCAGCACUCGAGGCAAAUUAUCCUGAGUUCCUGAAGCAUAUAAUUGUGGUAAGAGCCCCCAGCCUGUUUGCUGUGGCCUUCAACCUGGUCAAGUCGUACUUGAAUGAGGACACACACAGGAAGGUGGUGCUGCUGGGAGACAACUGGAAGCAGGAAUUGACAAAGUUCAUCAGCCCUGACCAGCUGCCUAUGGAGUUUGGGGGCACCAUGACUGACCCAGAUGGUAACCCCAAGUGCCUGACCAAGAUCAACUACGGAGGUGAGGUGCCCCGGAGCUACUACCUGCGAGAGCAGCUGAGGAUACAGUAUGAGCACAGGGUGACCGUGGGCCGAGGCUCCUCCCAGCAGGUGGAGAAUGAGAUCCUGUUCCCAGGCUGUGUGCUCAGAUGGCAGUUUGUAUCAGAUGGCGGGGACAUCGGCUUUGGGGUUUUCCUGAAGACCAAGAUAGGGGAGCGGCAGAGUGCUGGGGAGAUGACAGAAGUUCUGGCCAGCCAGCGCUACAAUGCCCACAUGGUGCCGGAGGACGGGAGCCUCACCUGCCUCAAGGCUGGCGUCUAUGUCUUGAGAUUUGACAACACCUACAGCCUGGUUCAUUCUAAGCACAUCAGCUACACCGUGGAAGUGUUACUUCCAGACCAAGCCUUUAUGGAGAAGGUGAAGUUCUAGACCAAUCAUUUGGCCCCAUACCCUCCUCUCCGAUCUCUGGACCCACAGUGAGCUCACAGCCUUCCUCGACCAGACCCCUGCCCAGCCCCUCCAGGGACAGCUACACUAGCAGGUUGCAGUUUGGCCAUUAUUGCUGGGAGCAGUGCCCUGGU